AUGUUAGAGCACCUUUUCGUUAUUCGACUUAGGAUAACGAAAGAAUUAUUUGCAAUGAAUAAGAAAAGUCGAGGUCGUUCUCCUCGUACAAAAACUAAGACAGACUUUAUUGAAGCAUGUAAUGAUGGUACAAUCCGUCAAUUUCCAUCGAAAAACGCUGGACGUGUUGAUUAUGCAAUCAAGGCCCACGAGGAAAUCACAGAAGGAAAGUUAUACAAUGUGGUCAUUGGCUUCGAUCAGAAUCUGGUGCAAUGCGAAAUUGCGAUGAAGAAACACAAAGCGGAUGCUGCUUUUGGGGAGGACUUCGAUUAUAUCUAUAGAAUUGUCACGAGUGGUAUUUCAGAUAUGCAACAUAAAAGAUUCGUAUUAGGUUGGUACUGA